AUGGGGGGCGAGCUGCUGGGUGACGGGCAGCAGGUGCAGCAGGCGAUAAGCUGGAACCACUUCGCGUUGCUGCUGACAGCAUGUUUGUUUUUGCUGCAGCAAAUGGGUCUUUAUUACUUUAUUUCUCGCUACUCUUUCUCGCUGCUGGCUCUUGCUGCAGUGGACGGCGUGCUGCUGCUGCUGCUGCUGCAGAGCAGCAGCAGCGAGUACGCAGCCACGGAAGGCGGCACCUGCUGGGUCGUCUACGCCUGGAGCCUCUCCCUCAAGUACCUUCUCUUCUUCUUCGCAGUCUACGCGGGGGGGGGCCCCCAGGGGGGCCUCCUCUUCGGGGGCCCCUCGGGGGGGGUACUGGAGGUGGGGUUGUUGUUUUCCUUAACAGCAGGAGUUUAUGCGCUGCUGGCCUUUCGUGCUGCUGCAGCACUUUUUGGGGGCAUUAGCCACUACAGCCUGGACUCUAUGCUGCACACGGACGCAGCAACUCACGUGGUCUUCGACAUUUUAGACGGAGUCGCAGCUUUCCACACUUUCGCGCUGCUGCCUGCUGCAGUGCAGCAGCAAAACGGCUGGCUGCACGUUUUGGCGGGCAUUUUGGUUCCCGUGGCUUUAUUUCUCCACGGGUAUUCUUUUCCCGCGGUGGGGGGGGGGGGCCCCAGGGCGCCACCCCGGGGGGGGCCCCCCGGGGGCCCCCGGGGGGGGCCCCCUGCGCAGGGGGGGCCCCGGGGGGGCCCCCGCGGGGCCCCAGGCCGCGCAGGGGCUCCCCCAGGCACAGGGGGGCCCCUGGGGGUACCCCCAGGGGGCCCCCAACAGCUUCUCGGGAGAUGUCCAAACUAUGAGGAAACAUGCGGCUAUUGUGGGCAUGUUUUUCGUGGACUUGCCGCUGCUGGGGCUGCGGCUCUUCAUGUGGGCUUACUACCCCACUUACGAGGGAUUUUCCCCCUUCAUGUUCAAAAACAUUUGCUUCAUUCCCAUUCAGCUGACGCGGCUGCGGCAGUGCGCCGGCGCAGAACGCUCGAGGGUACAGUUCGAAGAAGAGGGGGGCCCCCUGGGGCCCCCCCCUCUUACGGGGGCCGGGGGGCCCCCCGUCGGGGGCCCCCUGUGCCGCGUUCUGCUGCUGCUGUUGUGGCUUUGGAGGACCUCGCAGCAGCGGAGGAGCUGAUGCUGUCUCCGCGAGAAGAAGCAGCAGCAGCAGCAGCAGCGGCAGCAAGAAGGAGAAAAAAUAAUCGCUACUUCGGGGCCCCCCUGCUGCAGCAACGCAGAGACACGGGGGCCCCCUAUUACCCCCUGAAGACUGCUGGGCAGCCAGAGGGGGCCCCUGACAGCGACAGCAACCCAGCGCAGCAGCAGCAGCAGCAGCCGCAGCCGCAGCAGCAGCAGCAGCAGCAGCGAAAGCUUACCAGCAGCGCAGAAGGGGCCUUCAAGGGUAUCGUUUUCUGGAGGCGGCAGCAAAACAAAGAACCAACAGCAGCAGAAAGCAAUGAAGACAGCCUCACAGAUUAUGACGCAAGCUUGUCGCGGCUGGUGGCCGUGUGUCAGUCUGCAACAGAAGCAGCAAGACGGCUGCCGGCGAAGGGCUUUACAACAAAAAGAGUUUUGCAGAAGUUGCUCUAUUCUUUUAGAGUGAGACAAACAGCAAAAAGAAAUAAAGCAUUUAAAAGAUUUAAAAGAUUUAAAACAUUUGAAAGAUUUAAAUUGUUUAGAAACUUUGAAAGAUUUAAAACACUUAAGAAACUUGAAGCAGCAAAAGCAGCAGAAGCAGCAGAAGCAGCAGAAGCAGCAGGAGCAGCAAAAGCAGCAGAACCAGCAGAAGCAGCAAAAGCAGCAAAAUCAGCAAAAGCAGCAGAAGCAGCAAAAGCAGCAGAAGCAGCAAACGCAGCAACAGCAGCCAAAGCUGCAACAGCAGCAGAAGCAGCAAAGGCAGCAACAGCAGCAGAAACAGCAAAAGCAGCAAAAGCAGCAACAGCAGCAGAAGCAGCAAAAGCAGCAACAGCAGCACAAGCAGCACAAGCAGCAAAGGCAGCAACAGCAGCACAAGCAGCAACAGCAGCAGCAGCAGCAACGACAGCAACGACAGCAAAAGCAGCAACAGCAGCAACAACUGCAGAAGCAGCAAAGGCAGCAACAGCAGCAACAGCAGCAGAAGCAGCAAAGGCAGCAGAAGCAGCAAACGGCUAUUCAAGAGUGCUACUUGACAGCAGAAGCCUGGAAGACAAGAGACAGGAGAUAGAAAGACAAAGAAAUCAAAAUUAA